CACGUGACGUCAGAUUUGGCUCUGCUUUCUUGUAUAGCGGAUAUGCUUCGAGGCGAACUCUGUUGUCCAAAAUUCGCAUUUCUGUUCGCUUAAACGCUUCAAGUUUUCAUUUCUCUCACCUUCUGGACACCACAAGUUAUUUGCGACGCCACAAGCUAUGUGAAGACCCUCAAAACCUCACAGAACCGCGCAGAAAGGGAAAGUUUUGUAGACCUUUGACCUGGUGCUGCUGGCCAAUGGGGAGGCAGAAUGAAGACACACCUCCAGCCACGUUGCUGCCGAUUGGUCUGCUGCUGUGCUGAUUGUUGAAGGCACGAAGCGGAAGAUGGCAGGGCCAGCCUUUGACCAGCUGCUGAGGCAUGUGGAGGCCCUACAGACAGAAAACAUGCACCUGAAACAGGAGCUGCAGGACAACUCGAGUCACUUGACCCAGCUGGAGAGUGAGGCCUGUACGAUGAAGGAGGUUCUCACACACAUACAGAAGGGACUGGACGAGGAGGAGAACCAACAGCCAGGAAACCCUACCUCAGAAAAUGGCUUGGACCCUGCAGCAGCUCAGUUGGGAAACGGCAUCCGCCUACGGAACAAACCAUUGCGGGCGUGGGGGAGCCACGAGGGUUCCCCGCAGCAGAGUAACCACAGCGCGUCCAACCACAGUGCCAAGUCCUCGCACACGUCCGCUGAAAGCACCUCCGCAAAACGGAAGCUGAUCGUCCAACCAUCGCGAGAGUAUCUGGAUGAGUUAGAGAAAGAGAGAGCUCGGUUGUUACAGGAGAUUGAGGUAGAGGAGAGAGAGAAGGAGCUGUACUACACAAAACUACAGAGUCUCACCAGCAGGAUAGACGUGCUACCUAUCACUGAACCGUACUCCCUUCAGAACGACAUGGCUCGGCGUCAGCUGGAGUAUGAGGCGAAGAAGCUGCGAGAUGAGAUGGAGGAUCGGCUGGGCGGGGUGGAAGAGAUGCAGGCCCGUGGAGAGGCAAAGGUCCAGCGAGUACGCAUGAUCGAGGCUGAGAUGCUGCGGAUCCAACAAACUCUCGCGCAGGAGGACAACUCUAAGGGACAUGUGGAGAGAAGAGACACGGGGUUAUGUGAGGUCAACGGGCACAGAGAGGCUGAUGGGAAGGAUGUGAAGACAGCUGACGCUGCCACCAACACUUCCCUGUCACAGGUGGUAGUGCCCAAGGCCCACACCAGAGACAGUGGCUUCUGCAGUGAUCCAGAAAACAUCUGGGUUGUUCCAUCCAAAACCAAGGGGGACGGCACACAGAUGGUUACCCGGGCAACGCAAACGGCAGAAGUCUAUAUCCACGACGGGCCGCCACCUUCCCAGCAUUCUCUAGAAAGGCUAUCCCAGAAUGUCUUGCAGCAGUCUUCCCAGUAUGCAAUGCAGCUUCCGCUGCAACAGGUGCUGCAGUCGCCGCACAGCCCACUGAUGGGGAAUCCAAAUUCUCCCCACUCACUGCCCGCCAAUCGGGUGGAGAUGUACUCAGCUCUGUACAGAGGAGGAUGGCCAUUGGACAAGCUGACAAAGCCGGGUACCCCCAGUGAGACAGCCAGCGUCAUCAGCUUCAACAGUAACUCUUCCUUUGGACCCAGGAGACUGGCUCCUCAACAACUAGGCACCAAGGUGGAGAUGGUAUACAGCCUGCUGUCCAUGCUGGGCACACACGACAAGGACGACAUGAGCCGCACUCUGCUGGCCAUGUCCAGCUCUCAAGACAGCUGCAUAGCCAUGAGACAGUCAGGUUGUCUGCCACUCCUGAUCCAACUUCUCCACGGGGCCAACGACUCGUCGUUGCUAGGCAACAGUCGCGGCAGUAAGGACGCGCGGGCCCGAGCCGCCGCCGCGCUGCACAAUAUCGUCCACUCCCUCCCACCUGAAGACAAGAGGGCCAAACAGGAGGCGAGAGUGCUGAGGUUGUUGGAACAGAUCAGAGCCUACUGUGACGCUGUCAGAGACUCUGACUCAGAAGAAGCUAAAGGAGGGCGUCCGAACCCAGCAGACCACCAGGUUGGGCCAGCUAUCUCUGCUCUCAUGAAGCUGUCCUUUGAUGAGGAACAUCGACAAGCCAUGUGCCAACUAGGAGGUCUGCACGCGGUAGCCGAGCUGUUACAGGUGGACCACGAGAUAAACGGCGACACGUUGGACCAGUACAGUAUCACCAUCCGCCGCUACGCAGGCAUGACUCUCACCAACCUCACCUUCGGGGACGGGGUCAACAAGGCCACGCUCUGCUCCAUGAAGAGCUUCAUGCGAGCGCUCGUGUCUCAGCUCAAGUCGAACAGCGAAGAACUUCGGCAGGUCACGGCGAGCGUGUUACGUAAUUUAUCGUGGAGAGCCGACCCGGGGAGCAAGAAGACUCUCCGAGAGAUCGGCUCUGUCGUGAUGUUAACAAGAGCGGCGAUGGAGGUGAAGAAGGAGGCAACGUUGAAGAGUAUAUUGAGUGCUUUGUGGAACUUGUCGGCACAUUGCACCGAGAACAAGGCCGACAUCUGUGCUGUGCAGACAGCGCUUGCCUUCCUCGUCAGCACACUGUCGUACAAAAGCCAGUCGAACAGUCUGGCCAUUAUUGAGAACGGCGGAGGGAUUCUGAGAAACGUGUCGAGCCACAUCGCAACGCGCGAGGACUACAGACAGGUCCUUAGAGACCACAACUGUCUGCAGAUUUUGUUAGACCAGCUUCGAUCGCACAGCUUGACUAUUGUUAGCAACGCCUGCGGCACGCUGUGGAACUUGUCCGCUCGCUGUGCAAAGGACCAGGAAAUGCUGUGGGAACAGGGAGCAGUGAGCAUGCUGAAAAAUCUCAUCAACUCCAAGCACAAGAUGAUCGCCAUGGGGAGCCAGGCUGCGCUACGAAACCUCAUGCAAGCACGCCCAGCGGUUUAUCGCAACUUGCAAGAUUCCUCGAGCAAAACGAACUCGCCCGGUUUGCACGUUCGCAAAAUGAAAGCCCUGGAGGCAGAAAUUGACCCGACGUUGACGGAAACCUGCGAAAACGUGGACAACUUAAGUCCGAAAGGUAGCCCCAGGAGGGGUAGCAAUGAGGCAGUGUCCUCACCUCUCACAAAACGAGGAACUCUGAGGGAUUUCUCCCCCACGUACGGGGAUGGGCCAGCCCGGUUGUCCUUACGGCGAAACAUGCAGAGAUUUGACAGCCACGAGAGUCUGUGCAGUAACAGUAGCAACACUUUUCCCCGCAGUUGGCGCUCGCAGUCGGAAGAACGGGACUUCAUUCGUGGUCGUGAAAGACACAGCUCCGGCACAAGCCGGUCCCGAGACUCCUCCCCACAGUACAGCUCCCACUCCUUAGAACGAACAAGAGAUGGCACCAAGCCCAAAUCUCGCACUGCAAUACAGAUCGCAAAGGUGGUAGAGGAAGUGUCGGGACACUCGAUUUCAAGCGGUACAGAAGAGUCGCACGAUGGCUCGCAGUCUGAGAACACAUGUCCUCGGUCAAACUCUGCCACGUUUGAUCACAGAUCACAUAUCCCCAUCGCCUCUGGUGCUACUAGAUCUCAGUCCUUCAGCCAAGAGAGAAGAGACUACUUAAAAAUGCACAGACGGCCGUCCAAUGAUAGUCUGAAUAGUAUAAACAGCGACAUUUACCCCAUGAGUCCAAACCUGAAGUACCCGUACCCUAAAGCCUCCAUGGACCAUUCCUACUCAGAAGAAAGUGCCCUGAACUCUGAAAAGGGGGGUAAGAUGAGCAAGUAUCCUGCCGAGCUGAGGAGAAAGAUCGAAAUCCAGGUGGAGAACUUUAACAAGAUGGACAACACAGACAUGGACACACCCAUUAACUUUAGUCUGAAGUAUUCAGACGAGGCAUUAACACCAGGUCGACGGAGUCCUACUGUAGAGGAAAUGUGCAGAAGAGAACAGGAGAACGAAGGAGGAUGUGAGGAACCAAUAGGAGCUGCAGGAAUGGAAAAUGGGAAUCACGGAAGCUUCGUGGAUGCUCACGCCACUGUGAGUAUACGUAGCGACAUUCCCAACAAGUACAGACUGACCUACAGCCAGUCCGAUCUCGGGGGGGACGACGAACCAACCAACUUCUCUCUACGCUACACCGAAGACACUGACGGUGAUCACAACGAUCAUGACAGUGGUGGAGAGUACUGUACAAAGUGUAAACCACCUCAGAACACUGGCAGACAACCUGAAACUCCAACCGGUGCAGGAAUGGGGUACAGGGAAGGCAGCCCCAAGUUCCCGAACAGUGUAAGAAAUAUGUACCAAGGGCAAGGAGCGAAUGAAGGCGAGAAGUCGUCUAGUGCACCAGGAAAGUUCUCCAGUCCAAGAAUGCAGAGACACCACCAGUCUCAACUGAACAGUCAGGUUCCUGUGUCAACAUGUCCAAAUCACGCAUCACAAGGGGGUAGGCCACAGCCUCUGUUUGUCAGUAGAAACAACUUCUCCCUACCCAAGGACACUAAUGUACAGGCUGGGAGUAACAUGUCACCCAGAGGGCCCAGGGAUAGCCCACGCAACAGCAAGGCUGUCCAUCCUCCCACAGCUGCAUUCCAGCAAGGCGGUGAUCAGAUGCGAAAUUCUUCCCAGGUGAACCCUAACCAACCAGCAGCAGCCAGCCCCCUGCCGUCUCAGUGGAAAGUUCACAAUCUCCACGACGACCCACAAACGUUUGCGGAGGAAGGCACCCCUCUCUGCUUCUCAAGGGUGAGCUCUCUCAGCUCUCUGCACAGUGAAGAAGCCGAUGAUGCGAAAGGAGAGGAAGAAAUGAGCCCCGAGAAGGAGGGCCCUCAGGAAAACUUCCAAGAAGACGAGGAGGAAAGUUCUGCCACAGGUCGGACUGAACUGUCCAACCACGACUCUGAACCAGAGGUUGAACCAGAAGACGAGAGUCCGACAUAUCACCAAGGAGGCCAGGAUGAAGAACUCGAGUCUCCAGAGGGAUACAAGGACGCACAAACACCUCCUGAACCCAAAAGCACCGAACCUGGCAGCCCAAAUCCCAUCGGUUGCGAGGAGACGCCACUCGUGUUCAGUCGCUCCAGCUCUCUCAGUUCCCUCAGUAGUUGUGAGAUGAAGUCCAUCUCCAGUUCUGUUGCCAGCGAGUUUCCGAGCCAUCGGGCUAGUGAAGUCGUCAGUCCUAGCGAUCUACCUGAUAGCCCCAGUCAGUCUAUGCCACAGAGCCCCCGGCACAAGAAGAAACUGCUGACUGAGCUAGGAAUCCGGCGCAGCACCCCCCAAGGACGGCAUGCAUCCCAACCCAGCUCAAGGCAAGUCAAGGGAAGCCCUUCCCAUUCUGUGGCACACGUACCCACCUCUCAGGCGUGCGAAGAUGCUCCGAUAUCCUUCGUAACUGAAGGAACCCCUCUGAACUUCUCCUGUUCCACAAGUCUGAGCUCUCUAACAGUAGACGAGCCGCACAUCAACAAGGAUGUAGACAUGAGAAGAACGAGACGGCAACUGGAGCCUGUCAAAGACGAAGAGGAGGUUGAGGAUGACGUGAAAGAAAGGAAGGUUCAGAGGGAGAGAAGCGUAGAGGAAGAAAACGCGCAUCGUGAAAGUUUUAUUGCGUCGGAAGCAGAUGAAAAACUGCUGGAUGAAAUCAUCAGUGCUGCCAUGCCCAAGAACAGUGCUUCUGGGAGGGAUGCGAGAAUUCUGGCAAACGCGAAGAAGCUUCUGAACAACCAGGCGGGGAAAUCGUCCGGCAGAGACACGCCGAAGUCCCACACGUCUUCGAGAUACGGAGGGCAGGAGGACACGAUGAGGAGGUACAACACCGAGGACACCCCGCUCAACCGCUCCAACGCCACAUCACUGAGCGACCUGAGCCUGAUGUCGGGAAUGGAGACAGGCGCCCGCGGGGAGGCCCAGGGCGAGUCUGAAGAACAUGAACAGAUGAGCCCAGAGGAUCUCAUGAAGUCUGAGUCCAGCUCCAUGCUGGAUGGCCAGGCAGAGGAGCUUCUAGCAGAGUGUAUCAACUCUGCCAUGCCCACGAAGAGCAGCAGGCCACCCCGACGCAGACAGAUCCCUCAGCCCAGCUCUGGUCACCUGAAAAAAGGCUCCAUGCUGCCUGUAAGGUCCAAGCCUGUUGCGAAGGUGCCUGCAGGGCAGAAUAAUCAGCUACGUGGUGCUGCAGGCAUGGUGUCCCCCAAAGCAAGGCUUCAACCUCAUACAAACAAGCUUAGCUCUGCACAGCCUUUCACACAUAACACAGGUAGCGCCCCAUCAAGACCGUUUUCCAACGAAGACUCCGUAAGGUGCUACAAGGAAGAGGGGACUCCCUUAAACUUCUCCACAGCCACUUCCCUCAGCGAUUUGACCAUAGACUCCCCGGACGGUGUGUCAGAGAGAGGGGGUGCAAGCAACAAAAUGAACAGCCAGCCGUUGCAGACAAGUAGCAGCACCCCUCUGGCAACAGCUGUCCCUCAGCCCAACCAUCCGCGGCAGAUCCCUAUCAGAGGGCCGAUGUCCAAAGGUAGCUCACCAUACGAUACCCCUCACACCUAUAACGUGGAAGGCACUCCGCUUUGCUUCUCUAGAAAUGACUCCUUGAGUUCACUAAGCUGUGACGAAGACGUCAGCUUCCAAAAAGAGAGGCAAGAGAUGAAACAGGAGUUGAACAAUUCCAGGGAUGGAGCGGCUGGGGAGAGAGGUGCAACUCCAAACAACAUGCAAGAGGGCGCCUCUGCACAGAAACAGAGCCUGAAAAAUGCAGCUCGACAGAACAAGACCGGCCAGUCUCCCUCAGGAAUCCCGCACAACCUCAAACUUGUCGGACAGAACAAAGCCAUGCAGAACAGAAUGGUUGAGGGUCAGAACAGACCACAGGUACAGAGAAACACACCAGAACAGGCUUCCUGUCAAAACAACAACUCAGCAGAGGCUAAUAACAAUACCACACAGCCACAGAGUGCGUGGAAGAAGCACGGUAAUGCCGUGGGUGGCGCGUACACGAGUAACUUUGCACGGCCUGAGAAGAACAAAGACACAAACUUACGCAAACCGUCGGAAGAAGUUCCGGUGAAGUAUUACGUCGAGGACACUCCCGUGUGCUUCUCACGAAAUUCUUCACUCAGCUCUCUGGACAGUGACAUGGAAGAAGAGAACGACAGGCCAGCCAAUCAGGAAGCUGCUUCUAAUCAUGUGGCCUCUGGCCAACCAGAGGAAGUAGCAGCCUCUGAAGAAGGCAGAAACAGAGAAGUUGCUCGCACCUUCCAAGUAGAGGACACACCAAUUUGCUUCUCAAGAAAUAGCUCCUUGAGCUCCUUAAGCAUUGACUCAGAAGGAGAAGAAGCUCUGUUAAAGGAGUGUAUCAGCUCAGGGCAACCCAAACACAGUCAGAUCACCCGAGCAAAGAGGAGAACAGACUCGUCUCAACCUCCAGCUGCUUCACAAGAACCGGCAUCUUCUCACCAGGCAAAGAAAGGGAAAACUUCCGGCAAAAGCGCAAAACAGAACGCGUACGAGAAAGGAGUCCCGAAUGGUUCUUCUUCUCCGAGUCCAUCGCCUAAGGAGUCCCCCGCCCUCCCACCAGCGUCGCCUCUGACUGUAGAAAACCUUCGCCUUCUGAACGGGAACGCUGAACGCCCAGAAGUUCCCGCAGACAUCCCUUCAGACUCCUCAAACCGCUCCCUUCCCAGCGACUCGGAAAUGAAACACCCGGCACGACCCAGGAUAGUCAAACCCACUGAUAAAGACUCAAUGGAGGCAAAAAGAAAGGAAGAGUCGGCAAAGUCUGUCAAGGGGAAGAAAAAGGUGUACAAAAGCCCCAUGUCUCGUAUGAAAACUGACAGCCCCAGAGCAAAAGAAAAGUCAUUUGUGAUAUCUAGGGAAAGCCCUGCUACUCCAAGAGAAAAAUCAUUUGUGGUUUCGAAAGAAAAGUCGUUCAUCAUUUCAUCCGGUAAGCCAGCCGGCAGUACCCCUUCUAAAUCACCAGCAAGGCCAAGUACAACAGUUAGUCCACCGGGAAGAACUACUCAAAAGAAUGUGGUUUCCAGAAGUCCUGCUGCUAAGGAGCAGGGGUCGAGGUCGACCAGGUUGUCCUCUCCGAAAACAAGUCCUCGCACUGGUGUGACGUCGAGAACGCCGCCCAAAGCUUCUCAACCACCAAAAGCUCAGACUCCGCAGCAGAGAAGGAUGGAAGCAGGAAGGGGGAAAGAGAUGGCAGGCAAACGUGUGGAAAGCCCUCGUGGCCGCCCAGGUGCACAGAGUAAGGUUCCAUCCGGUGUACGGUCGCCGGCGAAAAUGUCUCCUCUCAAACAACUGGGAAGGAAAGGCUCGGCAGAAGGGGACAGGCCAGCACUUGUGAAACAGUCCACCUUUGUAAAAGACGCCCCGACCCCGUCUUUGCAGAAACAGAUGGAACAGGCAGCAAAAAACGACGCUAGCCAGCUGAAGAAGGAGGCAGCUGGUAGCAAGAAGGCACCGAAGAAGGCUCCUUCUAGUGAGUCGCUAAGGGAGAUGAGAGGAAAGCCGACACAAAGAGCUACCCCUCAAAAGACUCAGUCGAUCGACUCAUUAGUUAAGAGCACUCGCGCCGGGUCACCCCACCUCCGCGGCCCCCCCAAAAUGCCUUCUGCUGACUCCAUCAGAGGGACGAAGUCAACUCCGAAAAAGUCUUUCUCUCGGGCGGAAUCUACAGAGUCUUUGAAAAGUAACUCAUCAGCAGCCUCCAAAUCUAGCAGGUCUAGUGGUAAAAAGGGGCCGUUGUCAAAAGUCGGGGCCGCAAAAGAACCGUGGAAAAGGUCGCUAAACAACUUCCUCUCUCACGGUGAGGAAAAAUCAGGCACCAGUGCGAAGCAAGCUUUGGAGAAUCGCGAAAAACAAGACCCAAAACCCAAAAUGACAAGAAGCGGUACACUGGUGUUGUCAAAGGGGCCGGAAAAUGAGUCUAAACCAGCUUCAAGGGCAAACUCCUGGAGGAAGAUUCCAUCUGCAAUAGGAGGGGACAUCAGUACCGAACAACUGAGCCUCAAAACGUCCAGUACCUUCAGUAUCAGCCCCAAUAGUGCACACGUCAAAGGGCCGCUGGAAGAACAGGUGCAACAGCAAGUCACAGAGCCAGACAGCGACAGUGGGGACAGCCCAGAUGAGGAAGAAGACCAUCUCGCUGUGCUGGAAGCAGAGUUAGAAACAGAAGUUAAUGAGGAGGCUGAGAUUUCUAUCGAAAAUGAAACAUUCGUGGAGCUGGACAGUCCAACAAGGUCUACAGCAAGUAGCGAGUUUACCAUCUCAAUAGAGGAAAAGACUGUGACUAGGAACAUACAAGUGUCGGGGAGAGCCGGUAAGGCAGGGAGUGGGGCGGAUACACCUGAUGAUAUUGAGGAUAUCUGGGUCCGAAGGGAUGAAGGGUUCGAGAACAUCGUACAGCAAGAAGCGCUACUGUUAGCGCAGGAGCUGGAACAGAUGGCGCUGGAACGGUUAGACCAGGAGAGUGAAGGAGAAGCAGAAACACUGGAGGAAACGGAGAAAGGGAAUGAGAGAGAGGAAGCAGAGAGAGAUAGUUCUGGGGAAGGAAGGAAGCAGCAGUCGGGAGGGAUGGGGUUUAGGAAGAGUCCGAACUGCUCGCCUGCGGAUUCAGACAGACCCGAGGGGCUCCCGUUUGGACGAUCGCGAACACCGCCGCUGAAUAGCAGUAAGAACUCGUCCCCAUCCUCUGGCAACUCAGCUACAGCCCUGGUGUCACCGUUCAACUAUAGUCCACCCAAACACGACAGGGAGGCAGCCGGGAGGACCUCCAGGAUUCCCAUGGCAACGGUCGCCAGGGGCAGCCCCACCCAGCAACGGCAGAGGAAGGGCCCGGGAGAGUCCACUUCAGAGGGGAGCGAGAAGGCAACUUACCUUGUCACAUCUGUCUGAGGUUUCAGUGGCGGGCUGUGACAAGGCAAAUUGCCUUCAAGUUGUCAGGAUUCUGAAGUUUAAGAACUUAAUGGACAUUGAUAGCGACUCUCUAGUAGAUAAAGUCAUGAAUGGUUCAGUUCUCAAACCUACAGAUAAUGACGCUCCAUGUAUGGCAAACCAAGACUCUCUGACAAAAUCGUAAUGUUUGUCAAUAAUGUGCUUGAGUUGAAAGUUCAGAUUGUAGUGCAGUGAAUGCAAUGCAACAUUACUGUCACACAAAACGCAAUCACUUGAAGCUGAAAUUUUGCAAUGAUGUUUAUAGUAUUUCAUAAGGUCACACCAGAAUCUACCUGUAUCAAAUUAAAGUUUUGACUUCCCUGCAAUGUUUGUACAGUAUUAUUAGAGCUGCUUAUUGUAGUUAGCUCCUGAAGGACAACAGUAUGUUUAUGUAAAUGCUGGAAGUAUUAUGCAUUUGACAAGAAGCCACAACAGAUAGCAGAUGACAUGACAGUUUUUUUGUACGUUUAUUACGAAGAAGUGUAGAGCACUGUUUAGUUGGAGACUUGUCCAUAUGAAAAGAACAGGAUGCAAAUAUUUAGGGGUUUGUACAUAACCCAGAUUCUUUGUGUCAAAAUUCAGUGAAUCUCCUUUUGGUUUCUACAUAUUUUGUACUCAACAUUCACAUAUCUUGUGAAUUAAAAUAGCAUUUCCUACAAAAAAAGCUCUCAGAUUUCUAGUUUGAAAAAUGUCUGUAUGUAGACUUGUAUUCCAUCACCCCUAGAUGAGUCUUUGUAUGUCUGCAAAAAAAUGAUAUUCACUCAAGAACGCGACGUCUCACAUGUGCCUGUUAGAACCACUUUUAAUUCCUCUUGCAAAUAUACAAUGUAGAUAGACUGCUUUGCUACGAGAUAGUUCGGAUAGAACUGAUGCAAUUGUGCCAAUCAUGUAUUAAAUCAGCGCUUUUCUGGGAAAACAAGAUAAGGUGGCAAGACUAGGUCUACAGUAGCCUUGUACAAGUAUUUGCUUCAAUAUAUCUUCAUGUGAAGAAGUAAGAAAGUCUUUAAAAAAUCCCUUUUUUCUUGAUGUCUUGCCUCCCUACUUUGUUUUUCUCUGAAAUAGCCAAAUUUACAAGAAAUCAUGAAAAAAAAAUCAUGAUGACAAAAAUUAUCUGUAAGAAUGUGGAAAAAAUAUAGCAUGAUUCCCUAUAUGUACUGCAUUUUUUGUUUCUCCCGCUCCCUUUUGUAUGAUUUUUUGUUGAGAUUAUUUUCCUAUGAUGCUAUAUGUACAUUUUGCUGGUGUCGGACACAUUUGACUGACUGUAAGAAGAGGAAACAAAGUUGUUGUAUGUAUGUUGUCUGUACAGUCUACCAUGUUCUGGACAUAUAACUUAUUGUCGCAGCAAUAUAAUAAAAAUGCUCAUUUGAACAUUCUCCUGUUCUUUCGUUUAUAGAUUCCUUAGGUUUAUAAGAACUUAUAACAAAGAGGCUGUUUAGGUCAGCAAAUCUAUU